UCUUUAUGAUAACAAGCCUGGAAACACUCAGUGAUUAAGUGUUCGUUGUCAAUAUGUAUGAGAUUGAAUACACCUCCCUGCAAGUGCUGUUGCAACUACCAUUGACCAUUACCUCAUGGAAAAAGAGAUUCUGCCUUGCUGUAAGGCAGUGAAAUCAUCUGAUUCAACUUUUUUUCAAGUAUUCUUUUUCAGUAUAAAUGGCAUUGAGAAAUAGGGUAUUUGGUAACAGGUAUUUGCCACAGUACGGCGGGAGGCAUACUGGCUUCCAUAUCGGGGAAAAAUGAGCAUCACAGCUGUAAGUGAUAGCCUUGUAGUACUUUUAUACCACUCUCCUGAGAGUUUAUUAAGCUAGAAUUCUCAGUUUUCACUGAAAGUUCACAUUUCCCAGCACAGUUUUAAGGAAAACAUUUGGAAGAUAACAUUUUUGGGGAAAAACACAAUCAGAAUACUACAUCUCUAGCAUCUCUAGCAUUUAUUGACUUUAAUGCACAAAAUACUAAUGUUAAGCAUGCAAACUAUUUUUUGCAAAAAUUAAGAAGUUUUGUAAUUAAUAAGUUCCCAACUUUGCAGAAGACAGUCUCUAGCAACUCCUUUGCUCCUCUAAGUCAUAAAUAGAUGAAAAGACUUUUCAGAUGUUCCUGUUGCUAAAAUCUUGUGGGUUUCUCCAUGAGAGCCUCUCUCCCCUUGCUCUGCAGAGGGACGGCUCCACUGAACAUCAUCAUGGCAGGCUCACUGAAUUGUGUUUAUUUGUGUAGCUUGUGCAGAAAAUGACAUCCCAGGGAUUCUUAAAGGGUGUUUUAUGGCAAUAUACUUUUAAAAAGUGAAGUGUAAAACUGCACAGCAAAGCAAUAGGAGCUGUAAUAAAGGCGAGUCAUGAGAAAAAGCAUUACAAAAGAUACUUAAAAUUAGUGUGAUGACCUGCCCAAAUUCUGGGGAUGCUGCAGGCCAUCAGAGAGAUGGCAUUAUUUUGGUUUAAAGCACAAGGAUGGGACCUGUCUAUAAAGCAGGUGUACCCAGAUAUGCAUGCACACUGAGCACCCAUGGCAGUCGCUCCUUAAUGGUGGCUACGUGUAUGGUCAACCCUAACAAAAUGGGGCCGCUGUAGGUAGUUGUCUAAGUAUGGAUUUGCAUGCUUAUUUUCUGGAGCUUGUAUCUGAGAUUUCAGAGCAUCUACAGUGAGCGCCUGACGCGCAGAGCCGGGAGCUGGCAGCCCCUUGCUGCUGUCACUGCAUCCUCUGCUGAACCAGACCCUUGGUGUGCAGCUCCCAGCUGGUGCAGGGGAUGGUGAAGGGCUCUGGCCACUUCCCAGCAGGAACCUGGCCCAUCGAGUCCCAGGGCUGCUCGUCUCCCUCCUGGUCUGCCCAUGGCGGCAGUUGCCGGUUAGCAGUACAGGCGUUGCACUGCUUGCUCAGCAGUGCAAUUUCCUUUCAGCUCUCUUUUCAAGGAAGUGAAACCACCACGAUGUAUUUUUUGCAUUCUGAGGUGCCAAAGUAAAAUGAAGUGCUUCAGACAGAAGAGAAAGGUAGCUGAGAAGAGUGGCUCUAAUGGAGAGGGGGAAAAAAACAUGUUCACUCCGUGAUAACUUCUGACAGUGUUUCAAAGUGCGUGAUAAAGCAAGCGCUAGAUUUAGCAGAGUAAAUAAGUCUUAGGCCGGUCUUCACCUGGGUUAUUUUCCCCUGCUUCUGCUAUCAGCAUUAACAAUUGCAAUUUCAUUUGCUGAACAAUGGCCACCGAUGUCUUCAAUUCCAAAAGUUUGGCCAUUCAGGCCCAGAAGAAGAUCCUUGGAAAAAUGGUAUCCAAAUCAAUAGCAACUACUUUGAUAGAUGAUACAAGCAGUGAUGUUUUAGAUGAGCUCUACAGAGUGACAAAGGAAUACACACAAAAUAAAAAGGAAGCAGAGAAGAUCAUUAAAAACCUCAUUAAAAUAGUCCUCAAAUUGGCGAUCCUGUACAGGAACAACCAAUUUAAUCAGGAUGAAAUAGCAUUGAUGGAGAAAUUCAAGAAGAAAGUUCAUCAGCUGGCUAAGACCGUGGUCAGUUUCCAUCAGGUGGAUUAUACCUUUGACAGGAAUUUUUUGUCCAAACUGUUAAAUGACUGUAGAGAGCUACUUCACCAGAUCAUUCAGCGUCACCUAACUGCAAAGUCACAUGGACGGGUGAACAACGUGUUUGAUCACUUCUCCGAUUGUGAAUUUUUGGCUGCCUUGUACAAUCCCUUUGGACCUUAUAAACUCCAUUUGCAGAAACUUUGUGAUGGUGUCAACAAAAUGCUAGAUGAGGGGAACAUAUAAGUACCUGUAUAAAAGUUGACUGCCUAUGCAUUAUUUGUAGAUGGAACACUGUUGAUUUAUGAAGGAAUAAGGGAGCAUGCAAAAGGUGGUUUUUUGCUCGUUUUGGGGAUUUUUUAUAUAUAUAUAUAUUUUUUGAAAAAUAUUUCAGAACGAUCUUUAUUAAACUGAUUCCUUGUUAUGAGCUGUCUAUUGCUAUUUGCAGUCCAUAUGGAAGAAAGACAGCACAUGACUUUGUUUCACUGUGCUUUGCCCACAAAAACAACUGGAUAAAGACAAUAAAACAGAAGGGUCCAAGUAGAGUAAGAGUCUUGCAAGACAGAUAUGCAAAACAAAAUGAUAAGCUGUCAGACAAUCCAAAUAUUUUAUAUUUACAGAAAUAUAAGUGAUCAGAGUCCAGGAAUGUUGGUAAAUAAUUAAUGUGGUGAUGGUACAGUCUAUAAUUUCUUCAGCUUAUUUGUAAAAUAUAUAUUUGAUUCAUUUAUAGUCUUUUAUAAGCACUGCACAGAUCACAGCUUCCUAGUGUUGACCUUAUGAAACAUUCAGUUUUACAUAAUAUCUGUGAUGCUGUCACAUAAAGUCUGAACUGGUUUGUUCAUCUCCAGCUCAGUGGUGAAAACUUUAUGUCUGAAAGGCUACUAAGUGAUCCUUACAGAUCUACACAGAUGCCUUGUUUCCUUUAAUUAUGUCAGAAAAAAUAAGCUACAGUAAAAUUGCCUAAUUGGAAAAAAAGUACUCCCUAGACAACACCUGUGAUAUGUGAUUUUAACUCUACGUACAAAAUUGUAAGGUAAAACACAGUGACUUGUGCAAUUCCUUAAGAUUUCUAGAACCCUGCUAAUAAGUCAUAAUUAUUUUUGCAAAGGUGUGGGUCAGCUUAUUUUAUACAUUAGGGGGAUAUGAAUUCAGAAAGCUUAAGCAUCUGAAAAUAAAUUCCAAGCCAGUUUGCUUUUUGUACAAUGUAUCUAGAAAACAAAUUAAUUUGGGGUAUAUGCUAUUUAACUAAUGGAAAAGUGACAUCUUGAAUCAAUUCGUUCUCUUCUCCCUUCCUACCUUUCAUUUUUUUUCUCCCUCAUCUUCUCCUUGCCUUGCCCUUGGGGAAAAGAAAAAUGUGACUUUCUAGACACUGUAAUGUACUUAAAAGCAUGAAGUUAAUACAUUUCAAACACCUGAAGACUUUUUAUUAGGAAGCAUAUAAAGAAUUUGUAGUUUAUUUAAUUACCAGUGUUUUUGCUGUUUGCUGUGUCUUUUUUUUGUUGUUGUUAUGAGUAAACCAAAGAAUAUUUGCACUC